CUGCUGAGCCCCCCGCUGUCCCCUGAGGAUGAUGGCGGAUGAAGACGCGGUCGCGGCCGAAGAGCGAGCUUGUGACGGCGGCCCCACGCUGCGCGACUACCGGCGGCCGACGCGGCUGUACUGCAUGAACGGCGGAUACCACCUCCAGAUCCUGGCCGAUGGGACGGUGCGGGGCGAGCGGGAUGAGCGGGAUGAUCACACUGUGCUGAAGCUCAUAGCCGUGGGCAGAGGCGUCGUCGUCAUCCGGGGAAAGGCGGCAGAGCGAUACCUGGCCAUGAGCGCUGAAGGCCGUCUGUACGGCUCGUCCACAGUAACCGACGAGUGCUACUUCCUGGAGAACCUGGAGGAGAACCACUACAACACGUACAAGUCUCAGAAAUACCAGGACAGCAGCUGGUACGUCGGCCUGAAGAAGAACGGCAGGACUAAGCUGGGCCCAAGAACCCACAUCGGACAGAAGGCCAUCUUCUUCAUUCCCAGACAGCUGGAUGAUUCCUGGGAUUAGUGAGCCUCUCUAAUGACGGGAUGUGAGGAAUGUUGAGCUCUGAUGCAUGAGUAGUUUACCUCUAGAGUUUUAUCCUUCCUGUCAACUAACACGUCUGAGCAGCCUUUACUUAGCAGCUAUUUAACUCAGCUAACUGAAACACAAUCCUGAUUUCACCAAACCUUGAAUAUCAGAUAAGACCAAUUAUAAGUGGACUUUAAGAAGCGUUUUAUUUGAUAGCCUAGAAGGAAGACUGCUGACUUUGUAAUUAUCUAGCAGGAAGUCUUAAGACUCCCUCUACAGGGGCAUAAACUACAAAACAUUAUUCCAAAUAAAGCUAACUGUUCUGAAUUGUAUCAAAACAUUUUGGUGGAAAGUUGAGUGGAAGGAAGAAGUGUGGGAGAAAAAAAAAACAGGAAUAACCAAAGC